CCAAUGCAGCAAGGCGUAGCCGCCCUUUGGAAGAUUUCAUUCCAAGCCGGCGGGAUGCAGUGAAUGAUCUCGUCAGCAAAGGAGUAGGAGAAGCGGUGUGUUAAAGUUUCACUCGGCGGCCGAGAAAUAGAAAAGGGAAAAUGACUGAAGUUAAUAAAUGCAUCAAGUAUUCCAUGUUGAUCUUCAACGUUUUAUUUUGGAUGUGUGGUUCAAUCAUACUUGGAGUGGCAAUAUGGCUUCGUGUGAGCAAAGAGGUUGAGAAGAUUGAAGAAUUUUACCCUGCUGUAAAUCUUCUGAUUACUGUUGGGUCUAUCAUUAUGGUGCUUGGAUUUCUUGGUUGCUGUGGAGCUAUUAAAGAGAGCAAAUGCAUGUUAGUUUUGUUCUUCAUUGGACUGCUCCUUAUUCUGGCUUUUCAAAUAACUGCAGGCAUUCUAGGUGUAGUUUAUAAAUCUAAGAUUGCAUCAGUAUUAAAUGAAACAUAUUAUGAACUUAUCCCGUUAAAUAAGCAAGAAGAAGAAUUUAAGAAAGAGAUAGAAGAUUUCCAGGAGGAGAAACAGUGUUGUGGUCUGCUGCAUGGAUAUCGGGACUGGACAGAAGCUUCUAUUCCCCCAUCCUGCAACUGUAAAGAUAAACAGGCGUGUGUCACAACAGAAAAUGGAAAAUCUGUGUGGGCGCAGCCCUGUAUCAAUGCCAUAAAUGACAUUUUGAAAGCAAACCUCAUUUUAAUUAUUGGCAUUGCCUUUGGACUGGCAGUGAUUGAGGUUUUUGGAUUGGCCUUCUCUAUGAUCCUGUAUUGCCAGAUCAAGAACAAGUGAAAAUGAGAGUUUUCUUCAGACAGUGCAUUAGUUCAUUACAGAUAUUUCAUCUUGGAUAUAUGACUCAUUCUUGUGCUUAAAUUGUAGUUUUGAAAUUCUGAUUAAUUUGAUUUAAAUCUAGAAUGUAACUCAGCCAUUUGUGCUUCUCAUUAUAUCGAGUUGGUUUUCUAUAUCUGCAUGUACAGAUGCAUUCUGCUGUUGCAAAGUGGUAUUACAGUUUAAAAUGAAGAUAUUCACUUUGUCUUAUUUCCAGGCUGAGCAGUUGUGAAGUGAACAGGAUUUUCAGCCCUUCAGUUUAGUGUCCCCUUAAAAACCAGCUUUUCUUGUAAUGUUGAAUUCCUCCACGGCGAUGAAGCUGUACUGAGUCGAAUAAAAGUUCAGUGUAGUGGACAAGAACUGUUUAUGAAAUAAUUGAUCAAAAGGUGAGAGACUGUUUGAUUGAAGAAUGGGGUGGAGGAGGGGCGGCAUCGGUCAAUGUCAGGAGCAUGAAUGAGGUCUAACACUUUGGUAGCCUGCUAUGCAUCAAGUAGAAAACAAAAUGAGCACUGUGAAUCAGGCUGUAAUUUAGUAGUAGAAUAACAGUGGAAGGGUGCUUUUUCUGACUGGAAAUCUGUGACCAGUGGUGCUCCACAGGGAACAGUGCUAGGUGCUUAUUGUUUGUAAUAUAUAUAAAUGAUUUGGAGGAGAAUUUAGGUGGCCUAUUUUGUAAGUAUGCAGACGGCACAAAGAUUAGGUGAGCUGCAGAUAGUGAGGAGGAUUGCCAGAGGAUUCAGCAGUAUACAGAUAGGCUAGAGACUUGGGCGUAGAAAUGGCAUGCGGAGGUUAACCUGGAUAAACACAAGGUGAGAAUUUUUGUUUGAAGAUCUAAUGCAGGAGGGAUAUAUGCAGUAAAUGGUAGAGCCCUUAGCAGUAUCAGAAUAUAGGUGGAUCUGGGCAUUCAGUUCUCUGAAAGUGGGAACACAAUUGGACAAGAUGAUUAAGAAGGCAUACAGUAUGUUUACCUUCAUUAGUGCAGGUAUAGAGUAUUAAAAAUUGGCAAGUUAUUUUGCAGCUGUAUAGACCUUUAGUUAGGCCAUAUUUGGAAUAUUGAGUACAGUUCUGGUCUCCACAGUACGAAAGGAUGUAGAGGCUUUGGAAAGGGUACAGGAUGUUUCCUGGUUUGGAGGGCAUUGGCUAUAAGGAGAGAUUGGACAAACUUGGUAUGUUUUCACUCGAACAUCAAAGGAUGAGGGGUGACCUGAUUGAAGUUCACAAAAUUAUGAGAGGCAUGGAUAGAAUGGAUAGUAAGAGUUAUUUUCGCAGUUACCAGGGGACGUAGGUUUACGAUUAAAAAAGUGUAAGUUUAAAGGAGAUGUGUUUUACACUGAGUGGGGCAAGUGCCUGGAUUGCACUGCAAGAGUUGAUGAAUAGCAACAUUUGAAGAGGCAUAUAUGACAAAGCAGGGAAUAGAAGGAUAUAAACCGCAUACCGGCAAAGGUGUUUAGUUUAGAAAGGCAUCAUGUGUCAGUGCAGUCUUGGUGGGAUGAAGGGCCUGUUCCUGUGCUAUACUGUUCUCUUCCAAGUGUUUUGCAUUACUGGCACAUAACAGUUUAAUCCCCACUGACUCUAGAGAAUCAGAACAUGCUUCAGUUCAUCAGUAUAUAGAGCUGGAUUAGUAUUGAUGUGGAUUUUGCGAAAGAACAAUUAAGUUAUUAGUGCUCACUCUUAAGUAAAUCAGACAGCAAUUUUCUGCGUCUACAUGUGUGCACUUGAACACAGAGAUCAGUAGGUUACUGUCUGUGUUGUCUUGCUCCUUCCUAACCCUUCUUAUAAACAAUGUUACACCUGAAGAGCUGAACAUUCAUGUAGACACAGGAAUGUGGUCUUUACCCACUAAACAUGCCAGAAGUUAACUUCUCCAUUCAAGUGGAAACUAAUGUUUAAUAACAUAGGAAGUAUAAAUUACCACAGGGCAGCCCCUCUAUAACUGAAAAUUUAUUUCUAAAAUAUGUUAGUCUCACUUCUUCAGAUUUGCUUUGUUACAUUUUUGGCAAAAUUAUUUGCAAACCUUCUCUCAGAAAAAUAUUUCUAGUUUAACGAGCCAUCAUUUGAUGCUUAAAGUCCCAUCAGAACACAAGUGGUAGCUGAACAAUUUUUAAAAGAUUUUUGGAAUAGGAAACAAGCUCCAUUUUGAUGUACCCCAUUCGAGGACAAUUGAGUUUGUACUGACGGGGUUUUUUAAAAAAACAUUUUGUUGGACACAGUUAAAGUGGGAACUGCCAUAUUUUAGGAAUGACAACCAUUUUGUGUUUGUUUUUAAGACUGAACAGCAAGACAAAGUGGUUAAAAUCAUUUUGUGGCAUCUCUGUGGCUGCUGCUUGUGUAUUUGUUGUGAUGUAAUGGUAAAUGACCCAAGGCUUAAAUGACUACUUUUUGAAGAAGUUAAAACUGAAUAGGUGUCUGUGCAUUGUGAUUGUAAAUUUUACAUGCGUUUAUUAUUGUUGGAGUUAAAUAUUUUUUGUUGUUUGUUUUAAAAAUGCAAAAAUAUAUAAAGUGUGCGUGGAUUCUAUAUGUGAAAUGUAUUGAUGUGAAUAGUUUUUAUUCCAAUAUCAUUUAUGAAUAAAAAAGGCAAAAAACUGCAGAUGGUGAAAAUCAGAAACCAAAACUGAAAUUGCUGGAGAAACACUACAAGUUGUGGCAGCAGAGAUAAUGGGAACUGCAGAUGCUGGAGAAUCCAAGAUAACAAAGUGUGA